AUGAUGCACCUUAUAAACCCGCUCAUGUCCGUAUCCGAGUUGGAACUCCCACUAUAUUCCGCAGAGAGUGUCUGGACCGCGCUGCGCGCGGUCCAGUGGAAGGAAGAAUUCAUGAACGAAGCAGGUCAAUCCACCUGCGUAGCUGAUUCUCGUCCUGCAUCUCUUAUCUCCUGCGUGCGGCAAGCUUUAUCCCGACACCUAAGCCGCUCAUCUACCACCACAUCACUAAUCUUGUACGGUCUCUGGUCUCACGUAUGGAGCUGUCGACAAAACCACGAUCUCAUGUCCAAUGGACUUGACAUGCCAUCCGAGGGGCUUCCAGUCUCUUCUGAGGUGAAUGACCUCGCGAAUACUAUACAGGCCAUCCCUGUCACGAAGAGCGACAGUACAGAAACGGACCCACAGCUCCCCAUGAUCUCCGCAUUCCUCUCCCUCGCCUUAUAUACCCCGCUCCCCGCGCUGCAGAAAUUCCUAGGUAGAUAUGGAGACCAAGAAGCGCAAGAUGCUGCACCACUUCUUCAUGAUUGGAUGCUCAGCCGAAAUAGUCGAUACGCAUUAGACUACGCCGCUCGGAUAUUACAUUCAGCACAUCAUACGAAGACGCCAUGUUUACAUGGAUUCUCCGCCUACGCGGUGUAUACGGCCGGGCUGGCUUUAUUCUGCUAUGGUGUUAUCGUGACAACACGAACGAGGAGAACGCAUAUUGGUAAUAACGCGCUGAACUCCACACAAACUCUGGAUUCUAGUCCUACCACCUGGCUGGGUGAAAUGGAUGAUAACGCGCAAGCGCAGCAGGUAUUCCUUGCCUCGGGCUAUGGAGUUCCAGCUAUACGACUCCAGAGCGUGGCCUCUGUUGCGUACGUUCACCAGCCUGAAUCUAUCAGUGCACUCGUUACGAGCAUUUUCACCCGGCAGGGUACGCUAACACUCGACGAGAUGCCUGGGUUUACCGAGAGCUUGGUUCGAAUCUUGCAGUCUCUGGCUAAUUCCGCUGUGAGACGGGAGGUCGACUUGGGUGGGUAG